AUGAUCCAUCCUGACUGUGAGCCUCUAUUGGAGAUCCAGCUGGCAGAGGAGAUGUGCCUUUCUGAUAUUUCAACCUUCCAUCUGCAGGAGGAGUCUGGGUGUCACUCCAUGUGGGACAACCUCUCCUGCUGGCCAGCCUCAGCUACUGGAGCAACAGUGGUUCUUCCUUGUCCAAAACUUCUGCUGCAGUAUGCAGACCAACCAGGGAAUGUGAGUCGACGGUGCACCGAUGAAGGUUGGACAGAGCUGCUGCACUCCUACUCUGAUGCAUGUGGCAUCAACAUGAGCAACAUGAAAGACAACAUUGAGGGAAUAUUUCUGCAGGCAGUGAAGUUUAGUUACACAGUCGGACACAGCCUGUCUCUACUGUCACUGAGUGCUGCCGUGGUCAUUCUCUGUCUCUUCAGGAAACUACACUGCACCAGGAACUACAUCCACAUGAACUUAUUUAUGUCUUUCAUUCUGAGAGCCAUCGCUGUGUUGAUGAAGGAUAGGGUGCUGUUUGACAAUGACUCUGACCAGUGCACCCUUUCCACGCCAUUGUGCAAGGUUGCAAUCGCCUUCUAUCAGUUCAGCAUCACGGCAAACUUCUUCUGGCUGUUGGCAGAAGGCAUCUACCUCCACACGCUCAUUGUGGUCUUCUUCACUGAGAGGAAGUACUUCUGGUGGUACAUCGUGACAGCCUGGGGUACGCCACUAUUGAUCACCAUCAGCUGGGUUCUUGCUAUGCUGUAUUACAAUGAUAUUGGGUGUUGGGAUUCGAUUGAUUCUCCAUUCCUGUGGAUCAUCAAUGCUCCAAUUUCACUGACAAUAUUGGUGAACUUUAUUCUGUUCAUAUCCAUCAUCCAAAUCCUGAUCCAGAAAGUAUACUCGUCAGACAGCAUAGGAAGCGAGUACAGGCAGUAUGUGAGACUGGCUAAAUCCACACUGCUUCUCAUCCCACUGUUUGGGGUCAACUACAUCGUCUUUGUCUUUGUCCCUGAUCGUUUGAACGACUACUUCAGGCUGGUCUUUGACCUGGCUCUGGGGUCCUUCCAGGGUUUCAUCGUAGCGAUCCUGUACUGUUUUUUGAAUGGAGAGGUGCAGCUGGAACUUGGCCGGAAGUGGCGGAGAUGGUGCACACAAUGGUACCUCACAGCCAACUCAAGAUACUGCUUCCCGUCCUUGGAGAACCAUACCACAAAGGAAGGCACCCAAAUAUCAAUGGUGUCCUGCUACAGCUCCCAAAUCCAAGCUGCUAACAAUGAUCACCCUGACCCAAACCUCAUGACUGUGCAGUGAAGUGAAAGUUGGGUUGGGUUAGGGACAGAGGGUAACCACACCUUCCAAUUUAAGCAGAGAUUUUCUGAGCACUCAAUAUCAGCCACGCACAUGAAAUUUGACCAUUGUGUCAUAGGCAUACUUGUUUGACACCACAAGCCAUUAGAAAAUCAGCCUUAGAAGGUGAUGAUAAAGGUAAUUUAGCAUUUUUAUUCAAUGAUACUCAUUGCCAUAUGAAAUAAAGAAAAUAAUUGUUCCACUCUUGAGAUAGCUGUCAGUAAAUGAAGUCCUCGAAUAAUCAUGUGAGGUUUCUCUGAGCAUUUCUGGACCUCCAUUAAAAUAUUAGACAUAGGAAUGCAGCACAGACAGAAGUUCAUAUUGUGUGGUGUACUGUAUGUGUGAUGCACUAACCUCUGAUCAUUCUAGCCCACUUCUAAAAUUCCACUCCUUGGAUUUCAACAGAUUUGAAUUUCAGAAGUGAAAUUCAACUGGAAAUGCUACUCCAUCAUAGUAUGAGCAGCAGCGAUCACAUUUCUGCUUGUUAUCUGCUUUAUAGGAUGUAAAAUAGACUCUUGAAUUUUAAAAUGAAUUUUAAUGUGAUUGCAUUUCUCAUCAGUCCAGUGAGCUUCGUGCUGAGGACGGUUGUUUAGUUGUUUGCAGCCCUUUCAUCUCUAACCAAGCAGACAUGAUUCAAAUACAAGCCAUAACUUUUCCUCAUUCACUGUGUGUGAGACAUUUGUAAUGUUUCUUGGUGGUGACAAGAUGCUAUGUCAGUGAAAAGUGCUCCUUCAUUCCUGGCAAGUGUCUCAUUACAGGGCUUCUAAUCCCAUCCAUCAGCUGUGAUUCCUGGAGCUGCCAGUAUAGUCUAUUCAUAGAAUCACAGAGCACACAAACAGGCCCUUCAGCCCAUCAAGUCUUUGCUGAUCAUCAGGUUCCUGUCCACACUUCUCCCCACAUUCCCAUCAACUUCUAAACCCUCAGUUAUGCAUUAGGGUCAAUUUACAAUGUCUUUAUCUGAGCA